CGUCCCCACCGUCUCCAUCAGACGUUCGUCAGCCCUCCGAACUUGGCUUCACAGUGCCCGCCACUGUCUUCUGCGCUCCCGCGCUGCGUUCCGCCCAGGCCUUGCCCAGCUGGAAUGCAGAGAUCGCCGCCCGGCUACGGCGCACAGGACGACCCGCCCUCCCGCCGCGACUGUGCAUGGGCCCCCGGACUCGGGGCCGCUGCUGAGCCGCGCGGCCUCCCUGUCACCAACGUCUCGCCCGCCGAGCCCUCCUCGCCGUCCAGCCUUCCGCGGAGCCCACCGCGCAGCCCGGAGUCAGGGCGCUAUGGCUUCGGCCGCGGAGAGCGCCAAACGGCCGACGAGCUGCGCAUCCGGCGGCCCAUGAACGCUUUCAUGGUGUGGGCGAAGGACGAGCGCAAGCGACUGGCACAACAAAACCCGGAUCUGCACAACGCAGUGCUGAGCAAGAUGCUGGGCAAAGCGUGGAAGGAGCUGAACACAGCGGAAAAGCGGCCCUUCGUGGAAGAGGCCGAACGGUUGCGUGUGCAGCACUUGCGCGACCAUCCCAACUACAAGUACCGGCCUCGCCGCAAGAAACAGGCACGCAAGGCCCGGAGGCUGGAGCCUGGCCUCUUGCUCCCGGGCCUCGUGCAGCCGACUGCGCCGCCCGAGCCCUUCCCUGCAGCUCCAGGCUCAGCGCGUUCCUUCCGCGAGCUGCCCACGCUGGGCGCAGAGUUCGAUGGCUUGGGGCUACCCACGCCCGAGCGCUCGCCUCUGGACGGCCUGGAGCCUGGCGAGGCCUCCUUCUUCCCACCGCCUUUGGCACCCGAGGACUGCGCUGUGAGGGCUUUCCGGGCACCCUAUGCCCCCGACCUAGCACGGGACCCGAGCUUCUGCUACGGGGCGCCCUUGGCUGAGGCGCUCAGGACUGUGCCGCCUGCUGCGCCGCUCGCGGGCCUCUACUAUGGCACCCUUGGCACGCCAGGCCCGUACCCCAGUCCUCUGUCACCACCACCUGAGGCCGCACCUCUUGAGGGAACAGAGCAACUGGAGCCUACCGCCGACCUUUGGGCUGAUGUAGACCUCACCGAAUUCGACCAGUAUCUCAACUGCAGCCGGACUCGACCGGAUGCCACUACUCUUCCCUACCACGUGGCGUUGGCCAAACUGGGUCCACGCGCCAUGUCGUGUCCAGAGGAGAGUAGCCUCAUCUCUGCGCUGUCUGACGCCAGCAGCGCAGUCUAUUAUAGUGCCUGUAUCUCAGGCUAGGCACUGCCCCUGCCUUCCAGCGCUUCCGCAUGUGGCCAAACGGCAGGGCCCUGCCUGCUCCUUUCCUUUCGCAGAUGCAUGUUAGGCUAUGCAGCAGUCUAUAGAGCUGGUGGCCUAAGGGCCACUUCUGUCAUUCGUAUGCCUCCUUCUGGGAGUUCCUGUGCAGUGUGCCUUCCCUAGGAAGCCCAGGCCCUGGAUGUGCUAGCUGCCUCUGUCAGGGUUAAGUUUUUGAACCAUCUAAUUCUUUUCUGUCAUGUAUUUUCUAGAAUGAGACUGUAUUUUUUACUUUGCCUUUAUAUAUAUAUAUUCAUAUAUAAUACACUAUAUUUAAUUUUUAAUUAAACUUUUUUCUUUCAAA